AACUCUGAAAUAUAGCGGCAAUCAUCUUCAAGUUGGAAAGUCAGAGUUCAAGCAAGGGACCCGAGUUCCCGGCUUGGAAUUCCGAGUUGGAUGACGAUUCAAAACGAUUUUUCUCAGGCGGAGCUGGUUCCCAGGUGUUUUGAACUUACUGAAGUCGGAUACCUCCAGUUGGUUUGAACGCGGCGUAACUGCUGCGAAGGAGUCAUUGGAAAGGUCGUGCCAGACAGAAAUGUAGCUUGUCCACAUGACAAAAACGUGGGUCACUAAAACGUUUUAAAAUAUGAUGUGGUUACUUCAAGUAUGUGCCUUUUGGAUUCCGGGGUUAGAUUUUACUGUAGCAUGAUAACGUGCGCGUUCUGUUGAAUAACAUCUGAAGAAUUAAGUAGGAGAUGUUAACUUCUAGCUAAAUUCACAGAAUAACUAGCUAAUAACUAGCUAAACAUGCGUCCUGUUGCUUCAAAUCAAGAGACGGCUGCAACAGGACUUCCUGCUCCUGCUUCUUCUGGAUCCCCUGGAAGUAGCACACCUUUAUCCAUAACUGGACAUAUCCAGCAAGUCUACAGCCAUGUCAAAAUAGAGAAUUUGGUUGCAGGACUCAGUGGAGGAGUCGUGUCAACACUGGUGCUGCACCCUCUUGACCUAGUCAAAAUCAGAUUUGCAGUGAGUGAUGGACUGGACUUGAGACCUAAAUAUAAUGGCAUUAUCCAUUGUUUGAAAUAUGUGUGGCAGCAGGAGGGGGUCCGAGGACUCUACCAAGGAGUCACCCCAAACAUCUGGGGUGCUGGGGCAUCAUGGGGACUCUACUUUUUCUUUUACAAUGCCAUCAAGGCGUAUACUAAGGAAGGGCGUCAGUCUGAACUGAGUGCCACAGAACACCUGCUGUCAGCCGCCCAAGCAGGUGUAUUGACUCUCACCCUAACCAACCCUAUCUGGGUGACUAAGACUCGCCUGGUGCUGCAGUAUAACGCUGAUCCCACCAGGAAACAGUACAAAGGGAUGAUAGAUGCACUGGUGAAGAUCUACCGGAAUGAGGGGAUACCUGGACUGUACAGGGGGUAUGUUCCUGGUUUAUUUGGCACAUCACACGGGGCAUUGCAGUUCAUGGCCUAUGAGGAGUUGAAGAGAGACUACAACAAAUACAAGAAAAUGCCUUCAGAAGCUAAACUGAAUGCAUUGGAAUACAUCACAAUGGCAGCUCUAUCCAAAAUAUUUGCUGUGGCUACCACAUACCCUUACCAGGUGGUGCGGGCUCGCCUGCAGGACCAGCAUAAUAAGUACAAUGGAGUCCUGGAUGUGGUCCAGAGGACAUGGAGAAAUGAGGGAGCUGUAGGGUUCUAUAAAGGCAUGGUGCCCAACCUGAUCCGUGUCACCCCAGCCUGCUGUAUCACCUUCGUGGUCUAUGAGAACGUGUCUCGCUUCCUGAUGGGCCAGAAGUGAGGAGGACUACAGCCAUGGAAGGACCACAAAUAGGAAGGGACUCAGACAGUGUAUGUGGUGCUAGAUAAGAUAAGCCAUGAACUGAAGUCUCCAGAACUGUCACAGCAGGUAACUGGACAACUGAAGUCUCCAGAACUGUCACAGCAGGUAACUGGACAACUGAAGUCUCCAGAACUGUCACAGCAGGUAACUGGACAACAGGAGCAGACAUAUCCCCUGUAUACACCUCUGGCAGCCGAGUCAAAACAACCAUAAAGGAACACCUAAAGCAUGUGGUGGAAUUAGAUCUUAUUACCACUAUGAAAAACCAGGAUUCGCGUCUAUCGUAUACAUUUGAGGUUUGGCAUUCUCAGAGACAUGAUGUUGACAAUGCUGGUAAUUAAAGACUGGUCUCUGUCUCUUGGAUGCAUCACAGAAGAACAGACCUCACUGGAGGUACUAAUGUACCCCCAAUUUGUUUUAAUUUAACUUAUUGGCAUCAUACUGUAGUGCAUGUAAACCUUCAUGUUGAUUAUGUCAUAGGAAAUGAUCACAGAGACUGAUUGCACAGUUCAACAUCUUUGAAAUAUUGUUAAUUUCAGAAGUAUUCAGCUGAAAUAUCAGGUAUGAAUUGGCAUUAGUCCAUUUCUUUCAGGUAAAAUAUUCUAUUCAAGUUUCAACCUUUAUGUUGCUUUUGUAUUUGUUAAGCUUUUUGUUGUUUCAGAUUCAAUUUUACAGCUGUUCUGUGUUCACGUGUCAUUUGGAAAAGGGGAUCAGCACAUGCAUUUCUUUAUGAUUUUACCUGGUCAUACAAAUAUCAUGCCCUGACCUUUGAGAGACUUUUUAUUUCUAUAUUUGGUUAGGUCAGGGUGUGAUUUGGGUGGGCAUUCUAGUUUUUCUAUUUCUUUGUUGGCUGGGUAUGGUUCCCAAUCAGGCAGCUGUCUAUCGUUCGCUCUGAUUGGAGAUCAUACUUAGGCAGCCUUUUUUCUACCUUUAGUUUGUGGGAUCUUGAUUUUUGUAUAGUUGCUGUGUAGCCUGCAGAACUUUAUGUUCAUUUUGUAUUUAGUUGUUUUUCGGUGUUCAUUUGAAUAAAAGUAAUAUGUUCGCCUACUA